AGUUCACUUCCCCUGUGGUCAUCUCCAGCAUUCAGGGAGAGGACACUUUUCCAGCUCGGAGCCAGAGGACGUCGAGCAGCGGCACAGCCUCGUUAGCAUGCCUGCCAACGUCCGCCGCCACCAUGCAGAGUUCCAUUCAAGACCACUGUCAGGGACAGGUCCCUGGCACACGCAGUGGCUGCAGGAUGCACACCUGGAGCUCAUCACCUCAUCACCACUCAGCUCUAAUACUCCGGCUCUCCUGUUAUUCUUCGCCAGAUCGUUACAGUUCCCCGCGCGGAAUCAUCCAGCUCCUGCUCAGCCGCUGCCUCCCCGGAUCCGCUCCAGCCCCGGCUCCCCUCACCGCGACUGGAUCCGCUCCAGCCCCGGCUCCCCUCACCGCUACCCUCCAUGUGCCAUCACCAUCCCCCCCCCCCACGCCUCUGCUCCUCUGCCUUCCCCGGGUCCCUCCACUGCCUCGCCGCCUGGAUCCCCUCCUCGCUUCCCGCUCCUCGCCCUGAGCCUCCUCCUUCCCUUCCAACCUACCAUUCCCUCACAAAAUAAACCUGUGUUCGUUGCUCAGCUCUGGGUCUGUGUCCUGGUCCUUCACACCCCCCCUGGUUAA